CAGAAACCGGACUCCUGCAACUCUGUGCCCGAGGCGGGGACCCUUCGCCAGCAUCAGGGGGAGUCACAGCCUUGUCCAGCAGUGGGAUGCUGGCCGCGCCCACCUCCUGCUCUGAGCGAUAGGCGCAGAGGCAGGAGCCACUGAACAAGACCAGGACUGCAUGGCAGAGCAGAGUCUCCUUUCAUCGGAGCAAUGGCUUCAGCUGCACGGGUUAAGGAGCAAGAAGCUGACCUUGAAGCAGAUCUUACCACAGAUCGGAUUCCCACAGAGUGAAGAUUAUGUGACUUCGUUGAGGAGACUCGUGGCUUCUCGGUAUGCUGAUGGCCUGUUCCCACAAUUCUACACAGCAGAAGAUGGCAGGCUAUACAACCUGACAGCAAAGUCAGAGCUGAUCUACCAGUUUGUGGAUUACUUAACACAAGCUGUGGAGAGCUAUAAGCAGCGGAUGAACUGGCUUACCAGCGGGAGCCGCCAGAUUUUUGGUGUUAUCUUGGAACAGAGAGUCACCAUAGUGCUGGAUUUUGGUGACGCUCUGAUGGAGGAGCUCGAUCUGUGUCGGGAUGCUCUGACAAUGGUCCUCCAGGAGCAGGUGGCUCUCAUCACCAGGUUCAACAUCAUAUGGGUUUCCACAGAGCCGGUGAAAUGGCAGGAGUAUGCCGUCAUCGUGACUGAGUACUCCAUAGCUGCUGCCAUCAGCUGGAUAGAGAAAAUGGCUUUUGAGACAAUGGCUGUGAGAGAGGUUAGCUCUCUGGACACUCUGCAGGAAGCUGGGAAAGACAAAACCAUCGAAGCCAUCUACUACUUUGUGGUGGGGGAGGUUCCUCAGGAGUCCCAGAAGUUUCUACUCACGGGGGUUCUGGAGAUCCCAUAUCCAGUCUGUACAGUGUCCUUCAACGCCAGAGGAAAAGAAACCAUCACUUUCCUAAAAGAUCUGAGCACCCAGACCCACGGCAGAUUUCACGCCUUUGCUGAGAGAACAAAGUGUAUAGAGUUCUCUGCAUUUUCCACGGAGGACGUUGACAGCUCCAUGACUUGGAAUUCACGGAAACUGAAAGGGAGACUCCCUCCAGGGGCUGGCGUCAGAGAGGAUGUGUUUCUCAUCUGGAGAGAAAUGGAAGAAGCCUGCAGCAUACUGGCUCAGAUCCGGAGCCUGGUGGACAAGGCGCCUCAGUCAGAUGUGUCCCCAGCUGACUGCAGACCAAGGCCGGUUGAGAGUAAAGAAAAUGAAGAAGACACCUGGGACUCCCAGAAGUGGCUCCAGAAGUACGGCUUGAAGGCUCAGAAGCUGACCUUUUAUGAUAUCCUCGCUGACUGCUCCUUCCACCAUGCUGAUGGGGUGGUUGAUAUAAAAGCCAAACCAGAAAAUGAAUCAGUGCAGACCAGUGCGGACACCAAUAAGAAGACAAUCCAUGCCAAAUACUGCAGCAGAUUCAUCCAUGUCCCCUGGAAGGAUGGGAGCUUGGUCCAUGUCAACAUCACCAAGGAGAAAUGCAAGCGGUACAGGGAGAGAAUCCACACAGCCCUGGCCAAGAUCCAAAAGAGGAUUAAGUGGCUACAAGAUGGGAGUCACAUGCUCUUUGGCAAAGCUCGUGGAGAGUGCAUCUAUGUCCUCAUUGACACAUCUCACUCAAUGAAGAGCCGACUGAACCUGGUCAAGGACAAGAUCAUUCGGUUCAUACAGGAACAGCUGAGAUACAAGAGUAAAUUCAAUUUUGUGACAUUUGAUGGUCAGGCAAUUGCUUGGCGGGAAAAACUUGCUGAAGUCAAUGAAGAUAAUUUGAAACAGGCUCAGUCAUGGAUUAGAGACAUUAAGGUUGGAAGUUCCACAAAUACCCUCAAUGCCCUGAAAAUUGCUUUUGCCGAUGAAGAAACACAAGUAAUCUACCUUUUGACAGAUGGGAGACCUGAUCAGCCACCAGAAAUGGUGAUGGACCACGUCAAACUCUUUCAGAACAUCCCCAUCUAUGCCAUCUCCUUCAGCUACAAUGAUGAGGUUGCGAACGAGUUCUUGAAGGAGCUUGCUGCUUUGACUGGAGGCGAAUUCCGCGCUUAUAACUUUGGCUGCAAGGAUCCUGUUCAGGAUAUUCAGGAUGAAGAUCUGAACCUUCUGCUUCAGGAAAUGCAGCAGGGUUACAGCAACCUGAAGAAGAUGCAGGAUCUAUACACCGAGUCCUUAGUCAACGACUGGUGGUACAAUGCAGACAAGGACACAGAUAGCAAGCAUCAAAAGGAAAUCUCAUCCAUGGUUUCAACGCCAGAAAAACGGGCAAACUCUCAAGCCGACACUGAUUCAAUGGCUUCUUCAUCCCCAAAUGUGUCUACAGGGUCAUUGAAGCUUUUGGAGGAAAAGACACAGAAAAAGAAAAUCCUUCAUGCAGAAUCGACCAAAACAAGCAUCCUCAGAAGCUACAUCUCCAACUUCAAGAGCAGCAUUCACAAGGGCAGCUCCAGCUCCCAGAGCUCCACCUCCGCUCUCAGCAACAGAGUCUGUGUUCUUAGCUCUUCGGACAUGUCCUCCAAAACCUGGCUCCAAACUCAUGGCCUGGUGGCCAAGAAACUCACCAUCGCAGAUGCCUUGGCUGGGGCUAUGGUACCCCACAGCUCCACCUAUGCCACCAUCCUGAAUAAGAAUGUUGUCUCCAAGGUCUUUGAUGAGGUGUUUCCUCUGGCACACGAGUGCAACAACAGCAAUAAGAUGAUAUUAACUAAUCCCCAUGGAGUCAACCUCAGUAUCUACAAGCAAAAUGUGGAACAGGCCAUCAAAUCCUAUGAGAAACGCUUAAAUAAAAUUGUCUGGCAAGCUCUGUCUGAAGAGGAAAAAGAGAAGUUGGAUGCAAUCAAGCCCAUAGAGUACUUGGAAAACAAGGCAGUCUUAAACAAAGCCCUGGAGCGGCUGAAUUGGCCCAUUUCAUUGAAAGAACUCUCGAUGCUGGAAAACGAAAUCUUGGCUGGGAAAAUGUAUGUCCAGCAAGCCAUGGAGCUCCAAGAGGCUGCCAGGAAGAACCAUCAGAGCAGGACACUGCAGGAGCAGCAGAAAUUGCAAGGGCAUCCAACAAAGAAAAUCAAGUCAAGAAAACUAGACCCUCUCAAAGGCCAGAAGGUCAUUGCCAGAUGUGAGGAAAAUGGCUUCUAUUUUCCAGGGGUUGUGAAGAAAUGUGUGAGUUCCUCCCAUGCCUUGGUAGACUUCAGGUACGGAGAUACCAAAGUCGUACCCAUCUCUUUCAUCACACCUAUUGGGGGUGCCAUGCCCUGUCCACAACUUCAGGUUGGGGAUUACGUGUUUGCCAAAAUCAUGGCAAGCAAAGGAUUUGACUUCUAUGUCCCCGCCAUUGUUAUAGCACUUCCAAAUCACAGUGUGGCUUCAGAGAAAUUCUACACAGUUUUGAAGUGUAACAACCGCAGAGAAUUUUGCCCUCGGAGUGCUCUCAUUAAGAUCAGCCAAAACAAGUAUGCUUUGUCUUGCUCAAUGAUACGGUCAUCCGUGGUUGAGAAGAAUGAAGAAGGAGAGGAAGACGGAAGUAACUCUUCCCACCUCUGGACAGUGAGUGAAGAAGCCACUGGGUAUUUGAAACAGCCAAGACAAGAGAACUUCAGAAAGAAGAAAAAGAAGCCCUCCAAGAGGUCACCUCUCCAGGAGCUAACAUUCUCAGAUUCCGAUGGCUCUUCCCGCAGCACCAGAGAAGGCUUUCCGCACGUGGCGAAGGACACCGCCAACUCCGCCUUGGCCACACCGGCACCAGGAGCAGCCCUGCCCUGACAGAGUCCAGCCACCCACAGCGAAAGGGGCUGGGGAACCACCGCUGAGGAGCCCUAACAACCCUGGUGGCAGCUAACUUUAAGCAAGCCACUGUCCCCCAGGGCUGCUCAGACCUAGCCUCUGGACCCUGUGGAGCAAGCCUCUCUUCUGAGUCUGUUGUAGGUACCUCUGAAUGCAGAACCCGAAUAAAAUCCCUUACAUUACA